AUGGCGAUGACCCUAUCCGGCAGAACUUUCUAGCACAGGUUUGCCUACACUUUUCCAGCACCUUCCAAUUUCUCAAGACUGAAAUUAUAAAUACACGGAACAUUUGUCCAUCUUCAGCCCCGUCAUCUGAAGUCGUACUCACGCGAAAGCAAUUCCCGAAGCAAGAAUUCGUCUCUAUUUUUCGUCGAUAUUCAAGAAAAUGAAGGCAGUGGUACUGGAUGAGAAGAAAGAUAAAGUGACGAUCAGGGCGGAGUGCCGAGCAGACGAAGGCAGAAAGCACGUGGAGAAGGUGGAGCUCAAGACCCACGACGUCGAGACGGUAAAGUACGUGGAGAGAAAGCUCGUGGACAAAGGCGUGGGCAGAUUGGAGCGACACCCGGCGGAUGGGCUUCCGCUGAAGCAUGACCCCAAGAAGGGACACGGUGGAAAGUAUACUUGGGAAGGGCCGGAGAAGGAGUUCGAGGCUGAGCUGGAGGCGGAGCCGGCUAUAGACGAGAAGGAUCCGAACUAUGUGGAGGAAGAAGUGGGGGAGGAAGGGACUGAUGAGUUGGUGGUGGGAGAGGUGGAGGUGGCCAAGGCGGCGGAGGAAGGGGUGGCCCGGAUUGAGGUGGAUCCGCACUUGAAAGUCAAUUAAGUGAUAAAUGAGUAGUAGUGUGAGUAAUGCAUGUUGUAUGUUUGUGUGAGAUGGAUGGAAAGAUCGAAAGAGCAUGUAGUUUGUGUUUUGGAUGAUUAAUUAAAAAGAAUAGUUGUGGUUUCCAAAUAAUGUAGGACUUUGAAUGUUUGCAGAUUAAUUAGAUGUUUAUUUUCCUUCUU